GUUAGAGAAAUCAAUGGCCUCUCCAGCGCUCCCUCUACCACUAAAAACUCGACCAACAUGCUGCAGUGUUUCACAUAAUUGACGAGAGAGAGAGAGAGAGAGAGAGAGAGAGAGCACGGGGCAGCAGGGCUUCUCCAUGGCAGGGUGAUUGGCAUGGAUCUGUUGCUAUUCAGCCUCUGCAUGCGCAAUGCUUAACCGUGUUAAUUUUCAUUAUCGGAGCUCCGAUUAAGGCCGGGCUGCUGUUCCCCGUGUGCAGUAUGCUCCUCAACGCCGGCAACUAGGCCGAGCGGCGCCCCCGUCUACCUCGCCGCUGAGAUCUGACUGCUGCAACUUGUUCUCGGUUUUAGUAUCAUCAUCUUACGGCACAUCGGAUUGACCUUGCCGAUUGACGUCAGUCAUGGCUGCUAGCCCAGACUGUCUUGCUGACGACAGCAACUGGGAGGAGGUACGGUUUAUCAACAGCUACAGUGUGUUCAUGGGCUAUCUGUCCAUGGCCAUCAAGGGCUUGGGUUUCUUGGUUCUUACUUGGACCACCGUUGUACUUCUCGGUGGCUUCGUCUCCAUGCUGGAUAACAAGGACUUUUGGUGCCUGACCUUCAUCACCCUUGUACAGACAGCUGGGAUUUUUGAUGUUAAUCUAAAUGAAAAAUUAGGCUAUAUGAAGAAUGCAUUCUCAGGGUUCAUCAUGGCAAUUUUCUGGGGCGUGGUAGGCGAAGAGCCAAGCUGGGAAACAAUAUUUGCUUUUCUUUGUCGCAGUUUGUUGGCAUGCAUUUUAAUGUUGGUUCAAGUAGUGGUGUUGGCCAUGAUAUUGGGCCCUCUCGCAAUUAUAUAUGUGCUUGGGAUAUUCAUGUCCGGAGUGAUCUCGUUGUGGCGUCUGGUAGAGCAUGAUUAUGGGGGCAACUCGGAUGGAGAAACAUCAAACCUAGCGCCAGCGAUGAACACCUUGUACUACCUUGCUCUGCUCCAAGGUGUGCUCUUCUGCUACAGGUUCAUGUUGGGUCGUGUGGGGAAGAGAUUGUCCUGGGUUGCGGCCACUGGAGAGGAAGUUCAAGCAGUUCUUUACAACUACUUGCACGAAACAAGGAGUGGAUGUGAGAAGGACCCGGCAUUUGCAAAAGGAAGGAACCUCACCACAUAUGCCGUAGACAAAAUUAGUUCUAAUUCACCGGUUGACUGCAUUUCCGGUGUGAAGAUCUUGUAUGCAGCCAUAAGUGUAGUGGACAGCACAUGUAACCCACGCAAAAUAACUGGGCAACGCAUGCUGAUGGAGCAUCUGUUCUUGUGUGCAUCAUCAUCUCGGUGCGCACUACAGAAACUGCUAGAGACAUUGGGUUCAAGAUAUGACACAGAGAGGAGACACCAAGCGGCGACAAUAGUGGACCGAAUUGCACUCUUCAUUAAUUUGGAGCAAUUUCCUUGUGGUAUUCAACACAUAUCCUCCCUGAUCGGGACAUUUAAACAAUAUAAUUCACCAGCCGGCGAACUUGGGAAGGACUACCAGAAGUUGUUGCUACAAGGCUUGUCUAUCCUCCAGAAUCUGGCUACUGACGAAAACAACUGCAGAGUCAUGAGCGACACUCGAGAUCUGGUCUCCAAAAUCAUGGCGCCUGUAACUUCCGACCUACUUGACCACACCGGUGAUGAUCAUGGUACGUGGUACAAAGUAGUAAGUGAAUCAAUGGAAUUGAUGAACCAAUUAACUCUUGCUCAAGGAGAAACGGGCACCAAAUUACGUCGUGAAAUCUCAAACUGCGCAGGAGCAAUAGGCACUCUCUGGAGGAUUAUUAGCUGUAAAAGGUGUAAAGAAUGGUUGCAGGGAAGAGCCAUUUGGAUUCUCACACGACUGUACAUUGAUAAUAUUGGAAUCAGCAGAUCAAGUGAUUCUGAGCUUCUCGAAAAGGAAAACAGUUGUGGCGGAGAAGAUUUUGUUAGGAUGCUAGUGAACAUCUUCACUCACCAUAACGAGUAUAGCAGCUUUGUCAGAGAAUGUGCAGGAGAAGCACUAUCGAAGAUAUGUUUCCUUGGCAGAAUUAGUGAUGCCACAAUUAUCAUACAAACAAGAGAUGAUGUUGUCGAUAGUCUCGCUCAAGUACUUUUACAUGAAGGAAAAAAGACACGCAGACAAGCAGCAGCAGCAGAAAUACUGAAGUAUCUAUGUACUCAUUACACUAAGGAUGAUGAAUACCUCGGCAAACUUAAGAAAGCAACCCUCAAGGUGAUAGGAAAAAUGCUUUGUCCCAGGGUCGAAACACACAAUGGAAGAGAUAUAGAAAGCCAAUGUGAUGACACACAAGAAAGCAAUGAACCGGAGAAGAAGGAGGACGAGGGAUUCCAGGUGGACGCACUCUCAAAAAUGUCACUGAACUUGCUAUUGUCACUGCUAUCCCUUUGUGGGACUGUCUACGACACCAAGUUGAUCAUUGAUUUGUCUACUUGGUUGGAUCCAUCUAGCUUUCUAAACAAGCUCGAGGAGAUACUAGUGGAAGAAAGCUACAGCGCCACUGGAAACCUAUCAUUGUACAAGGCUACUGCUAAGAUGGUCAUAUCAAUGCUCAAAUGCAAUGGUGGCGGGUUCCUCAGACGAGAGGACUUUGGGAGCUUGAUAGAUACGCUCUCUAGUGCUUCUGAGGACAUGCUAGAUCUUGACUACUCCAUGAUUUGUUCUUCCGCCAGUAGCUCCGAAUCCAGAUCGAAGCUUAAUAGGCGUACUCUCAUGUCACUCGUGAGAGAAGCGAAAGAACUGCAUGCCAUGGUACCAUCUACCUCUUCCAGUGGCUGAUUUGCAAUCAAGUUUAGAUACUUAUUAAUUAUUAUACAUAUUUUCAUUCACUGGCUGGAUGUGUACUGUGUGAAUACUCUAUAUAUGCAUGGUGUACUGCUCCAUCCGUAUAACCAGCGGGUGUUUGCAUUUUAGUGUUGCCGGUGUCCUUGUCGUGAGAAAAAGUUCGGUAUGUAGUUUGUAUUUGUGUUUAUGGUUAGAGUGAGAUUUUUUUUUUUGAAAGACCCAAUGUGAGAGAAAUUGUUAUGCACUGUUAUGUGUACCCCAGGUUUAAGAGCUACUCCAUUUAUUUUUUGCUGAA